GCAAUACUCUUUUACAAGUAUAAAACCUAGUGAUUUUUUAUCAAAAGUUUGUUCAAACAAAUAUAUCGUCGUGUCGCACAGGAUAGCGAUUAUUUACAGCAUGGGACGUUACCAAUUAUAUGUGGCCGUCAUGGCAAUAGCUAGCUUAGCCGCAGUACAGAAAGCUAGUGCUGACGAGUAUGCCGACUAUUCCGCUGACGAACAAUACGAUGAGCCGAAAGAGAUGUCCGAAUCAAAAAUAGAGCACCAUCAGUGUGAAGAAUACAAAUCGAAGAUUUGGAACCAGGCAUUUAGCAAUCCAUCGGCUAUGCAGUUGAUGGAAGUAGUGUUUCAAACAAGUAAAGAAUUGGGCACCAAUGAAGUGUGCUCAGAUACAAUUCGAGUCAUUUCUAAUUUCGUCAAUGUGAUGGCCACUAACCAGAAUGCUCACUACUCGGUGGGUAUGUUGGGCAAGAUGCUGUCGUUCAUUUUGAGAGAGGUGGACGUGACGUCGAAUAAGUUCGUAGAGACAAAGGGCGUGUUCGAACGCAUCGCGAAAAAUGAUAAGAUCCGCGACUAUAUCAAGAAUUCCACCUCCCGAGCCAUCGACUUGCUCAAGAUACCAGUGAUUAGAAGCCGACUAGUCAGAGUAGUGAAAGCUUUCGAGAGUCUGAUUAAACCAUCCAGAAACUAACAAAGGGCCAAGCAGAGGAUUAAUGGACUAGUAAAAUUUCUAAUAAACAUGUCCAUAUAAUAGACUAGUGAUAUUUAUGUAUAAUUAUAUGUAUACAUUAAAUGUACAUUUACUUAAAAAAAUCUAACAUAUAAUCUCACCCUCAGUCGUUUUAAUUUUUUUAUAUACAAUACCACACAUUAGGUAUUUGAUUCACCACUCACCUUUAUCCUUGAAAUAAAUAUUUUCGUUAUCACUA